AUGCCCUACCAGUUGCCACGGCUUUACACAAAAAGGAAGGUCAUUGAUUCAGCUUUAUGUUCACGUUGUAAAUAUGCAUGGGAAUCAAUUGGACAUGCUUUGUUCUCAUGUAAAUCUGCCAAGGCUGUUUGGAAAAGCACUAAGUUUCUAAUUGAUUAUCACCAUGCUCAAGGUAUGUUUAAUGGAGAUUAUCUAAUACACUUGGCAUCAAUAAUGGAAAAAGAGGAUGUUGAAGCACUAAUAUGUGUAAUGUGGAGCAUUUGGAAUGAUAGAAACAAACCUAAAACUCACCAAGCAGAUCCCACGGGUCAGAUUCCACACCAGCAGGGAUUUCAAGACCAGUACCACACUGCUGAUCAAUCACAUGGGAUGCAAACUCAAACUACAGUGGUUCCUCUUAGGCGUUUUAACAGUCAACAAGUUGGAGAGAACCAAACUGACCAGGCCCGACUUAAUGCUCACCAACACCAGCAGACUGCAUCUAGAAUGAGGCACCAACCGAUCAUCUCAGCUGCAAAUGACAAUGUCCAACUUCAACGGCCCUUGGAUGAUAUAAUUUGGAAGCCUCCUGCUAUGAACAUGCUUAAAUUGAAUGUUGAUGCUGCAACAAAUUCCAAGAAUCUGACAUUAGGAAUGGGAGCGGUGGUGCGCAACUACAAAGGAGACGUCAUUGCUGCACUCUCCAAAAAAGUUCAGGGAUGCCUUCGAAGUGAUGAAAUGGAAGCAAAUGCGCUCUUUCAUAGUCUAAAUUGGGCUUCACAAUACCAAUUGUUAAUCACUAUUGUGGAAACAGAUGCAUUAAGAGUUUUCUCUGCUUUAAAAUCUAAUCAUAAUGACCUGUCAUGUUUUAAUGAUCUAAUCACUAAUGUACGUUGUCUUUUAUCCUCUUUCCCUAGAGUUAUUGUUACUCAUGCUCGUAGGCAGGCUAAUAAAGCUGCCCAUGGCUUGGUAAAGUACGCUCUAGAGUUAGAUGAAGAUGUAUCUUGGAUAGGAGAAAUUCCUUAUCCUAUUUUCUCUAUUAUUGUAAAUGACUGUUGA